CUUUUUUUCAAACGCGUUUUUCAAAGCGGAACGUUUGUAAUCCGGUUAUUUGUUUCUCGGGGACGUGUUAUUCAGACGUACCGCAUUUUGGAACAUUGGUUCCAGUUGACUUUCCAACGCUGGAGCUGCCGUCGCUGGUUGAUCGUUUUGGUCGGAUACGGUAAAUCCGAGUGUGGUUCCGAACAGUGACUGCGGGGCGGCAUGAACGUUAACCAGGGCACGGUGGGCAGCGACCCGGUCAUCCUGGCCACGGCUGGAUACGACCACACGGUCCGGUUCUGGCAGGCCCACAGCGGGAUCUGCACCCGGACGGUGCAGCACCAGGACUCGCAAGUGAAUUCCCUUGAAGUGACUCCGGACAGAAGCAUGAUCGCCGCUGCAGGAUACCAGCACAUCCGCAUGUACGACCUGAACUCCAACAACCCAAACCCCGUCAUCAACUACGACGGAGUCAGCAAGAACAUCACCUCCGUGGGCUUCCACGAGGACGGACGCUGGAUGUACACCGGAGGAGAGGACUGCAUGGCUCGCAUCUGGGACCUGAGGUCCAGAAACCUGCAGUGUCAGAGGAUCUUUCAAGUGAACGCUCCCAUCAACUGCGUGUGUCUUCAUCCCAAUCAGUCGGAGCUGAUUGUCGGGGAUCAGAGUGGCGUGAUCCACAUCUGGGACCUGAAAACGGACCACAACGAACAGCUGAUCCCAGAGCCGGAAGUGUCCGUGAACUCCGUCCACAUCGACCCAGAUGCCAGUUACAUGGCGGCGGUCAACAGUUCGGGAAACUGUUACGUGUGGAACCUGGCUGGAGGGAUGGGAGACGAAGUGACGCAGCUCAUUCCAAAAACCAAGAUCCCGGCACACAAACGUUACUCUCUGCGCUGCAAAUUCAGCCCCGAUUCCACACUGCUGGCCACCUGCUCGGCAGAUCAGACCUGUAAGAUCUGGAGAACGUCCAACUUCUCCUUGAUGACGGAGCUGAGCAUCAAGAGCAACAAUCCCGGAGAGACCUCCAGAGGCUGGAUGUGGGACUGCGCCUUCUCCGGAGACUCGCAGUACAUCGUAACAGCGUCUUCGGAUAAUCUGGCUCGUCUGUGGUGCGUCGAGACCGGCGAAAUCAAGAGGGAGUACAGCGGCCACCAGAAGGCCGUGGUGUGUCUGGCCUUCAACGACAGUGUGCUCGGCUGAAGAGGCGGAGCUUGACGGACAGGAAGUCAGACACGCCAUCAGCUGGAAGUCAGCUCGUUUGUUUGAACAAAACGCUGAGGGGUUCAGCAGCACAAAAGUGACAACUAGAGGUUUAUUUGAUUUUUAUGAAUCCUUAAGAAAGACGGAAGCAAUGAGAAAUGUCCGUAUAUUUAUUAAGGCUAAAGGACCACAGUCAUCCCUGCUUCUGGCCUGCAGGAGGCGCCACAGAGCUGCUUCAUCACUUAGUGUUUCCUGAUGAGGAGAGGAAACAAAGCUUGUACAGAAAACUGUCUUCUUUUAAAUAAAGAGAAAUGAGACUAAAGGAA